UGUAAAGUUACAUUUCAAAGAUCUGCCCGACCCGAAUAGAUUGAUUAGCCCAUUUGCCAAUUGCCAGACCAGUCACCGUGUUCAAUACUUCAAGCCCAUCAGAGUGUCUUCUUUCUUUCCUGCAGAACCCUUCCAAAGCAACACCCUGAGGAACGAAUCGACCAACGACUGCAAAUCAAGUAAUCAACGCAUUUGAGCAAAUGUUGAGACGAAAACUCUCAUCUUUAUUAUCGAACUCCGUUAGAAAUGCAUCAGUUUACACCAAAUCAACGUCACAUUUCCCAAUUACAAAGCUGUUGCACAACCCAAUUCAUCAUUCAAACCUAAUUCAGAAACCCGUUAAUUCAUUUGGGGUUCACAGCAUUAGGGCUUACAAUUUGUUGAGCUUGAAUGAUCUGAGGGACAACAAAGGUGCUACGCAACAGAAAACAAGAAAGGGUCGUGGAAUCGGGUCGGGUAAAGGGAAAACUGCGGGUAGGGGUCAUAAGGGGCAGAAAGCUAGAGGCACUCAUAAGUUCGGUUUUGAAGGUGGACAAACUCCCUUGAGGCGUAGAAUGCCCAAGAGGGGUUUCAAGAACCCUUUCAGCCUUGAAUUUCAGCCAGUUGGUUUGGGAAAGAUUGCAAGGCUGAUCAAUGCUGGGAAGAUCGACUCUUCAGAGCUCAUCACAAUGAAAACUCUAAAGGAUACAGGGGCAAUAGGAAAGCAAAUAAGAGAUGGAGUGAGGUUGAUGGGACGUGGUGCUGAACAUAUACAAUGGCCAAUUCAUCUUGAGGUGUCACGGGUGACUGUACGUGCAAAAGAAGCGGUUGAAGCAGCGGGUGGGUCCGUGCGAAAAGUGUAUUACAACAAACUCGGUUUCCGUGCGCUUUUGAAACCGGAGUGGUUUGAAAAGAAGGGGAGACUCAUUCCAAAAGCAGCAAGACCGCCACCUAAGCAAAUGGAUAAGGUUGAUAGUAUUGGCCGAUUGCCAGCUCCCACAAAGCCGAUUCCCUUUACAGAAGAAGAUGACACACAAGCUGCCAUGUCAGCUUGAAAAACAUACCUUUUGGUUUGGUUUUGUUUUCCUUGUAUUGUUAUUUGAAUAGCAUAAGUGUUUCCUUUUUUAAAAUUUCUUUUGGUUGCAUUGGCAUAUCAGUUUUUGAACUCUUUGAUGGUUGCAUAAACUUGUAGUGAUGAGACUUUACAAGAUGGUAAAACAUGGUUUUAGAACUCUUAUGUAACACAAACAUUAUUAAAAAAAGCCUUUUUUAAGUUUUGUAUAUAA